GAAAAGGAAGAUACCUUACGCGGAAAGAGAGAGGUAAAUAGCGACCAGCUGAAGAGGGCUUCAGUCUCUGACCUCAUACGCGGAAAGAAAGAGAGUGGAAGUUGCUACUCAUCGUAACCGGGCCUCUUUCUGUAUAGAUCUCCUCAAGACAGAUCGGGCACUAGAUUGUGAUUCGAAAACACUCGGUCCCAUUCCGACCUCAGUAUGUGGAAUCGUCUUGCGCCAUAUGUUCUGAGAUUGCUGAAUAUGUGGAAUCGUCUUGUGCUGUAUCUGUUGAGAUUGCUUGGGAGAUAUGAUCCAAGCUCAGGGCCUGCGACUGAAGCCAGCGAUAACAUCAAUCUGUGUCAUCAGAUCUUGGAUGAAGAGGACGACUCAGGGACUGCGACUGGUGGUGACUACGACGUAUUCUUGAGUUUUUGAGGAUCCGACACUCGCAAUGGAUUUCCAGAUUGUCUUUAUGAGUUCAUGUGUCAAGCAGGAAUCCGUGUUUAUAGGGACAACGAGGAGUUACAGCCUGGCGAAAAGAUCGUAGAGAUCUUGCGAGCAGUCAAGAGCUCCCAAAUAUACAUACCAAUUUUCUCCAGAAAUUAUGCUUUGAGUAGAUGGUGCCUCGAAGAGGUGGCAUGCAUGGUGGAUAGUAUUUGCCAGUCUGCAGGAAAAAAGAUACUACCCAUUUUUUAUGAUGUGGAUCCCUCGGAUGUUAAGCUUGAAACGAAGUUGUACAAAAGUGCCCUAAACAAGCAUGAGGAGAAGUAUGGCUGCACUCAAGUAAAGACUUGGAAAGAGGCUUUGACAACGGUGGCUAAAAUCAAGGGAUGGCAUUUAAAAGAUCAAAGGCAUGGCAAGGCCAUGACAGAUAUCACUCAAAAGGUUUUGCAGAGCAUCACAAUAGAAAAAAGAUAUUUGCCCAUCAAUCUAGUUGGAAUUCAUGAUUGUAUAGAAGAUAUAAAGAAACUAUUAAAUUGUCUUGAUACUAGAGAUGUUGGAUUUGUCAUAAUCCAUGGGAUAGGUGGUAUUGGAAAGACAACUCUUGCCAAGGCAGUUUUCAACCAGCUGUCUCCUCAAUUUGAAGGUCACUCCUUCCUUUCAAACAUCCAAGAAUCAUCUCCAUAUGGUGGCAUUGUAAAACUACAAAGAAAAUUAGUAGCAGAUAUUUUUAAUUUCUCACUUUCUGAAACCUUUGACUUUGAGGAUGGGAACAAUAUCAUCAGAAACAGAUUAGCUAACAAACGGGUCUUACUUGUUUUUGAUGGCAUGGAUGAAAAUGAUGAAUUCAUGCAACUAGCAAAUCGGUGUACUUCAUGUGGUCCGGGGAGUAGGAUCAUCAUUACAACCAAAGAUAAGAGUGUUUUUCUUGUGACCAAGAUGGAAAGAUCGAAGGAAAAUACCUCAAUACGGUCAACAGAAAUUUCUCUGUACGAAAUGAAGGAAAUGCAUUUUGAUCACGCUCUUCAUCUUUUCAACAAGCUCGCUUUCAACACAGAUUCAGCUCCAUGUGAAUUUUAUGAUCUUUCAAGAGAAGUUGUUGAACUCACCGGAGGACUUCCAUUGGCUCUUGAGGUGAUAGGUUCACAUCUCUGUACCCUAAGAAAAGAAGCGUGGAUAAGCACACUGGAGAAGUUGAAGGAAGUGCCUCACGAAAAAGUCCAUCAGAGGUUAAAGAUAAGUUAUGACACACUUGAAUACCGAGUGAAACAAAUCUUUUUGGACAUUGCAUGUUUCUUUGUUAAUAAGAAAAAAACUAAUGCAAUGUACAUGUGGGAAGAUUGUGGCUUUUUCCCGAAAGUCGAAAUUGAGGUCCUCAUCGACAAGUCCUUGAUCAAGAUUGUUGAUCAUGAAAGAAUAUGGAUGCAUGAACAGUUAAGAAUUCUGGGAAGGGAAAUUAUUAGUCAAGAAUUGGUAGAUUGCCGUUUCUCAAGAUGA